AUGUUGCAGAAAUACUAUCAAAGCGAGGAAAAGGAUGGAUCCAUCCGAACACACUAUUUUAAAAAGAUUGAAACAGAAAAAAUAAGUAAGAAGUUGCUGGAAUUGGAAAACAUGUUUCAAAUAGAAGACAUGUUUUUAGACAUGUAUAUAAAUGAAAAGGAAAGAAAUAAUUUUGAUUUUUAUAUAAAUAAUAUAUUAGACGAUUUUAGUAAUAAUAAUAAUUUAGAAAAAUGGAUAAACAUAGAUAUUAGUAAUGUAUAUAAUUAUAUUAUAUAUGACAAUAAAUAUUUUAAUGAUGUAAUAACAGAUAAAAAAGGAUACUUAAUAUUAAAAUUAAAAUAUACAAAUGAAAAUAAAAUUAUCACAUCUUAUUUUAAAGUUAAUUGUCGAAAUGCUCAAUGGGAUAACGAAAAGAAAGUAUGGUAUAUACCUUUAUUUUAUAUUUUUGAAAUAUCAAAAUUAACAAUAUUUUUGGGUGGAACGGUUAGUGAUCUUGUUCUUUAUUAUUUGUGCAAAUUAUUUCAUCACUUUUCGAGUAUAAAAAAUGUGCAUAAUAAUAGCUGGAAUAAUAAGCCAAAUGGUUUGGACCAAGGGAAAAUAGAAAAUGGUGAUAAAAUUGGGAAAAAAAAUGAUUUAAAAAAUUAUAGAGACAAUGAAAACCCUGAAAAAAAAGAAGACAUAAAUAAAAAAAUAACAGGCCAAAAUGAAAAUAUAAAAGAAAAUAAAUCACUGACACAAAAUAAUGAUAAAAAAAUCGAAGAAAAAGAGGAAUAUAACUUUGAAACUUUUGUUAAAAAAAAUAAAACUCAAUUCAUUAAAUAUAUAAAAAAUGUAAAUAUUUUUAAAAUAGAACAUAUAAUAAUAAAUAAUGUUCUAAAAAGUGAUACAUUAAAUAUAAAAAUAUUACCAUAUAAUGAAGAAAUUAUUAAAAAAAUAAGAGAAACAAAUUUAUUUCAAUGGGAUAAAGAACAAAAUAUUUGGCUAGUCAAAAAAAAAAAUUUUAAAACUUUUUAUGUCAGUGUAAUAAAAUUUUUUGAUUAUAAAAUUUGUUCUUACUAUGAUUUUUAUAAAUUUUCAAAACAAAAGCUAGUUGAUAGUGAUUUAGGAAAAAUAAAUAUGAACAGUUCAAGUGAUCAAAAAGAAAUAAUAAAAAAGAGAAAUUAUGAUAAUUGUAAAGGUAAUAUAUCACAAGAAAUCAUAAAUAAAAAAAAAAAGACAAAUGAUAAAAUGUGUAAACUUAAGGUAUAUUAUGAAAAUACGGAUUCUUCAUAUUCCGAUGAGUUACAACCAAAUGUUGACGCAAGUUAUUAUGAAGGUAGAGAGUUAGUGAAUACAAUCAAAUUAGUUGGUGCAGCAAAUAAUUAUUAUAAAGAAAUCAUAUAUAAUAAAUUAAAUAAAAUAAAAAAACUUAAACCUCCAAAUUAUGCAUAUGACCCUAAAGGAUGUAUGACAAAAAGCGGAGCCGGAACUAAAGGAAUAGAAAUAUAUGAUAUGCCAAGUGAUAUAAAUGAAUGGAAUAAAAUUAGUUUUUGCAUAGUUCCCAAUGAUUAUAAAAAAAACUUAGAUUUAUAUGACCCCAAAAUAUUAUGUAGUUUAGUUAGUGAUGUUUAUAUGCUUAAAGAAAAUGCUGUUGAUAUUAUUUUAAAAAAAUAUAACAAAUGGCCAGAAUAUAGUGAUGUAUUUUGGAAUAAUAUAUGCGCAGAAAAUGAAUUUAUAGUCAAUAAUAAAAGUUUUAACACAAGACAAAAAUUAGCUCAUGAUCGAUUAUUUAAUAAGCAAUAUUUUUAUAUUUUUAAUAUUAAUAGUAUUAAACAAUCAAAUUAUUAUGAUCCGCUAUUUUUGUGUAAAACAUUAAUUAAAUUAGGAGAAGGAAUUUUAGUAUCAGACCCAAUUGAUGCAGAUUAUGUAAUUAUACAUAACUCAGAAGAUUCAAAUGCAAUUAAUUUUUAUACUUCUUUACAAGAAACAUAUAAAAACCAAAAAAAAAAAAAAAAAAAACUUCCUUUAUUUGUUACUCCAAGUUUUAUAUAUGAUUGUAUUUUGAAUUAUUCAGUGUCUUACCCCUCAAAAAGUAAAAAUCAUUUUUGCUUUUAG